AUGAUGAGCGGUUCCUUUACCUCCACUGCUUCCACGGGUGGCACCACUGAGUACAGGGGCUGCUUCAAUGGAAAUCCACAGGAGGAAGGGCCCAUCCCCAACGGUCUGGGAGUACGCGUCAAUCCUGAUGGAUCCUCCUAUUCUGGCGAAUGGAAGGAUGGCUUUCCGCACGGACAAGGAGAGUGGAAGGCAGCGGAAGCCAGUUGCGAGAGCUACGUGGGGGAAUGGAAGCGCGGCAAAAAGCACGGCUUCGGCACCAUGAAAUUCAACAACGGAGAUUGCUAUGAAGGUGACUGGACAGAUGGAAAGUUUCAGGACUUGGCGGGAUGUGGCCUACAUGACAAGAACAGCUUGAAUGAACCCACCUUGGAAAGACACUGGGGAAUGUCGGAGAAUCUGUGCCCUGGCUUCCUAGGGCCUAGGGAGGAUGAGAUGAUGAGAUGGGGCUGGGUGUCUCAUUUCGUCCUCCCAACCUCGUGGGAGAAGUCCGCGGACGGUCCCGCACCGGACGGCUCUGGCGCAGUCGCUGACGGCGACGCGGGCGUCGCGCCCCUGACGUUGCCCAAAGUGGCCGCUUUGUAUCGCCAAAAGAUCGGGCAAGUGCAUGAUGAUUUGGAGCAGCUGAGAGCAUAUGCCAACAGCGGUGCGGCCAGCUUCCCUGGGUUCCUUGGGCGCCGCCGGGGCCUGGCCGCAUCCUUUUUCUACAGCGAAGGUGAGAAGAAAGAGGUGGAAAUGAAUAACUUUUUGAAGAAGGACGCCGCCGAAUCUGAGACUGACGCCGCGGACCUCUUUGAGGAGUCAGUGGAGCGCGAACGUCAUGCCGCGCUGGCGGUGUCCAAAGGUCAAAACCUAGAAGCGAAGAAAGACUAUGCGCAGAUCGCCCAAAACGAGGAAGAAAUGGAAAAGCUGAUGACAAGAGCAGCCGAGGACGCAGAAGAGGAUGCUUUGCUGGUGAAGCAACACGAUGACAAAGGAAGGGAUAUUGAUGCCUUGCCAUAUACUGAUGACGAUCCAGUGGAACACACUGACCGAGGGAAAUACACCUAUGCCAAUGGCGAUGAGUUUAUGGGUCUCUGGGAAAAGGGCAACAAAUUGAGCGGCACCUUCUACUACCGGGAUGGAAGGCUGAGCACCCGGAAGUGGCAGGAUGGCAAGCUGGUCUCCUGCCAGGAGUUUGACUCCCGGAAAAGAGCUUACCAGCCGACCCUGACGCAUACGCAGGUGCACGACCCACAACGGGUGCAAUACGGCGCCAACGACUCCAUGAGCAACAUGAUCACCUGCAACGGGGUCAGGGUCAGUUGA